AUGCAGUACCCUUCGUCGGGCAAUCCAUAUGCUUCUUUGCAAGAAUCUCCCGAAUGCCCAGAGUUCUCAGAAAAUGUUGGUUGUACAUUUGAUGAUGCUGCUGAUGAAAUGUACCUCGACAUAGAAGAAGACUUGGAGGGUAGCACCGUUGUCCCGGAUGAUGAGGUACGGGUUGAUGCUCCAAGAUCUGGGAUGGAAUUCGAGAGUGUAAAAGAGCUUUUGGGGUACUAUAAGAAAUAUGCUAAGCAAGAGGGAUUCGGUGUAAGGACACAGAGGACGAAGAGAGAUGAUGAUGGUCGGCCUGUGUAUGUCACAGUUGGUUGUGCUCGUGGAGGAAAAUACCAACCGAAGCACAAGGAUAUAUCUAAGCCACGGCCAACAACUAAGACGGAUUGCAAGGCGAAGGUAAAUGCCACUUUGAAACAAAAUGAAAAAUGGCUUGUCACCACUGUUGAGAAUACACACAACCAUAUCACUGUGAGCCCCAAGAAGACUAGACUCUUAAGAUCACACAAGGUUCUAGAUGAAUAUAGUCAAAGAAUUCUUGAGUUAAAUGACAGAGCCGGUAUCCGAAUGAAUAAGAAUUAUUAUUCUCUAGUAGUUGAUGCGGGGGGGUUUGAAAACCUAGAAUUUCAAGAGAAAGAUUGUCGGAAUUUCAUUGAUAAGUCUAGACAUUUAAGGUUGGGAAAAGGAGGUGGUGAAGCACUCAGGGUUUAUUUCCAAAGAAUGAGACAGAAGAAUGAUGGUUUCGUUUAUGACAUCGACGUUGAUGAUGAGGGACGGCUAAGAAAUGUUUUUUGGGCCGAUGCACGUUGUCGAGCAUCUUAUGAGUGUUUCGGGGACGUUGUGACAUUCGACACAACGUACCUAACAAAUCGAUACGGAAUGCCUUUUGCUCCAUUUAUCGGUGUUAAUCAUCAUGGCCAAUCCAUAUUACUAGGGGCAGGUUUGUUGUCAAGUGAGGACACACACACCUUCAUUUGGUUGUUUAGAAUGUGGUUGGACUGCAUGAACGGUCGAGCGCCGAAGGCGAUCAUAACGGACCAAGACCGGGCAAUGAAGAACGCAAUUGCCCUUGUAUUUCCGGGAACCCGCCAUAGAUAUUGUCUAUGGCAUAUAAUGCGCAAACUUCCCGAGAAGUUAGGUUCUCACUCCCAUUUCAGCUCAGGGUUGAAAUCCUCCAUUCAGGCUGCUUUGUAUGAUUCACAUACCUCCACGGAAUUUGAGGAGAGAUGGGGUCAACUACUUGAUAUGUAUGAUUUAAGAGAGAAUAAUUGGCUCAAGUCCUUAUACGAGGAAAGGACCUUUUGGGUUCCAGUUUAUUUGAAAGACGUAUUUUGGGCUGGAAAAAGGUAG